GGAGCCAGAGCGCAAAUCAGCAGUAAGGGCAGCAGGAAACACUUCUGAUAAUCCUCCACCACUGUGUCCAUACACAGACCUCGAAGCCGAGGUAAACAGAAAUCGAGCCUGCUCUCCUUCACCGCCCGGCGUAGUUUUCCUCUUCACCUCAGGAUAAUCGAGUUAACACACUUGAAUCGUGGACAGUGCCGGGACAUCAGGCCGCGGUGAAUCAGAGAAGACAGGAAAGGCUUGAGUCUGGGGACUGACAUCCUGUGGUGGACCACACCCUGUAGCCAUAGACAAUAUCUUAUUUUUGCAUUUUUACCAAGAGGAACCGAAGGUGGCUGAGGAGAAACCGUGAGAGAGGGCAGCGUGAGGUCCCUGCUCGUCCAGGGACGAUGAAGAGGUUCAGGCGUCAUGGGCAUGAGUCUCAGAGGGACAAGCACAAACAGGAUCUCUAUCAGUUCAAUAAGACUGUAGAACAUGGCUUCCCCCAUCAGCCCAGCGCUCUGGGAUUCAGCCCCAGCCUGGAACUCCUGGCCAUCGGUACCAGAUCAGGAGCAAUCAAACUGUACGGAGCUCCAGGUGUGGAGUUCAUGGGACUUCACGACGAGAAUGCAGCAGUUACACAGGUGCACUUCCUGCCAAACCAGUUGGAGUUUGUCACAUUACUGGAUGACAACAGUCUGCACAUGUGGACGCUUCGUGGACAUAACAGCAUGUCCGAGCUGCUUGAGAUAGGACGUUUCACUCUCUCUGGUCCACCUGGCGCCCCUCCCAGCGUGACGCGGGUCACGGCCGUCCUGGCACACUCAUCGGGUGAGCUGCUGCUGCUGGGCACAGAGGGAGGACACGUGUUUGUUGUAGAAGUGCCAGGCUUCAGAGAACUGGAGGAGAACAACAUAAGCGUGGAGGAUGUACAGAACAGAGUUCCAGAGGAUUAUGCUGGCCGCAGGAAUCUGGAGUGUGUUGAAACUCUGCAUGAGAACCCGCUCAACCCGCGGCAGGUGCUGAUUGGCUACAGCCGUGGCCUGAUGGUUCUGUGGGAUCUGGAUCGGCAGCGUCCCAUCCAACACUUUCUCAGCACACAGCAACUAGAGAGUGUUUGGUGGAUGGAGGAUGGUGCGAACAUUCUCAGUUCCCAUAGUGAUGGGAGCUACUGCCAGUGGACAGUGACUGGUGAGGAUCCGCAAACGGAGCCCGAGAAACAGGAGAUUCCGUAUGGUGCCUUCCCCUGCAAGGCCAUAUCCAAAAUUAUACAGCUGCCAUCAAAACAAGGUCCCCCAUUCCUCAUCUUCAGCGGAGGGAUGCCGAGGGCCAGUUACGGGGACAGACACUGCAUCUCCGUCAUCCACAGCAAAACCCACGAGGCGCUGGACUUCACCUCACGUAUUAUCGACUUCUUCGUUAUUCGCGAGGGAGAGAACCACAGAGGUGAGCCAAGCGCUCUUGUGGUUUUGGUGGAGGAGGAACUUGUGGUGGUGGAUCUGCAGACUGAGGGGUGGCCCGUCAUCCAGACGCCUUACCUGGUGCCAUUACACUGUUCAGCCAUUACCUGCUCGCACCACGUCUCCUCCAUCCCACUCAAACUGUGGGAAAGAGUGCACGCUGCAGGAGCCCAGCAGAACACACACUACUCUAAGAAGUCUUGGCCUAUAAACGGAGGUCAGAAUCUUGCCCCAGACCCUCCCCAGAGAGACCUGCUCCUCACGGGGCACGAAGAUGGCACGGUACGUUUCUGGGACGCCUCAGGGGUCUGUCUUUACCCCAUGUACAAGCUCAGCACGGCGGGAGUCUUCCACACAGAUGCCGACCCUAAUGACAACAUGAACCAGGGCAGUGAGGGAGAGUGGCCUCCGUUCCGCAAGGUGGGCUGCUUUGACCCAUAUAGCGACGACCCUCGGCUUGGCAUUCAGAAGAUCCAUCUGUGUAAAUACAGCGGAUAUCUGACAGUGGCUGGAACUGCAGGACAAAUUCUGGUUAUGGAGCUGAACGAUGAGGCUGCCGAGCAGAUUGUUGAGGCUACAGUGGUGGACCUGCUGCAGGGUCAGGAGGGCUUCCGUUGGAAGGGCCAAGCGCGUCUAGACGUGCGGGAGGAGCCGGUGCUGUUCCCUCCAGGCUUCCAGCCCUUCGCCCUGGUGCAGUGCCAGCCGCCCGCUGUGGUCACGGCAAUCGCUCUGCACUCAGAGUGGAAACUGGUUGCAUUCGGUACCAGCCAUGGCUUUGGCCUGUAUGACUACCAUCAGAGGAAUAACGUCUUUGUCAAGUGCACCCUAAACCCCAGUGAUCAGAUGGCCUUGGAGGGGCCGCUGUCACGUGUCAAGUCCAUCAAAAAGUCCCUGCGACAGUCCUUCCGUAGGAUUCGCCGCAGCCGGGUCUCCAUGCGAAAACACCACACUAAUGCAGCCAAGCUGCAGGAGAUCAAUGCCAGGCUGGAGGCAGAAGCUCUGCAGGAGAUGGAGUUGGCUCCUGUACAGAGAAAGAUCGAAGCCCGUUCUUCUGACGACUCCUUUACGGGCCUUGUCAGAACACUCUACUUCGCGGAUACGUUUGUCAGUGAUAGUUCGCACAGUACGCCCUCACUGUGGGCAGGAACCAAUGGUGGAGCUGUCUUUGCGUAUGUCCUCCGUGUGCCAUCACUGGAACGAAGGGCAGAGGAUCCAGUACUGGCUCAUGCAGCUAAAGAGAUUCAGUUGAUGCAUCGUGCUCCAGUGGUUGGUUUGGUGGUCUUGGAUGGCAAGGGCUCCCCUCUGCCCGAGCCCCUGGAGGUGGCCCAUGAUCUGGCACGCAGUCCUGAAAUGCAUGGUUCGCACCAUCUAUUGGUUGUGUCAGAGGAGCAAUUUAAGCUGUUUACCCUGCCUAAAGUGAGCAGUAAGUCAAAGCUGAAGCUGACAGCAGUUGACGGCUCUCGUGUGCGCCGUGUGGGCGUGGCUUGGUUUGGCUCUCGGACCGAUGAACAGUUGGAGAGCAGCCUGGUGGUGCUGACCAAUCAGGGUGAGCUACAUGUCAUCUCUCUACCCUCCAUCAAAAUGCUGGUCCACUAUCCUUGCAUACGAAGAGAAGACGUCAGUGGAAUCGCAUCUUGUGUUUUCACCAAAUAUGGCCAAGGUUUCUACCUGAUCUCCCCAUCUGAGUUUGAGCGGUUUUCUCUCUCCACCCGCUUGGUGGUGGAACCACGCUGUCUGGUUGAGGCUCCCCUACAAAUGAGGCCCAAGACCCCAUCAAGUCCCGUCCACAAGGACCAGUCAGAUGGAGUGCCUACUGCACACAGAAAUUUCAAAAGGGAGAGUGAUGGAUAUGAGAAUUCUGCUAGACAAGUAAUGGAGCAUGCUUUGCUCAACGAUGAGAGUGUGCUUCAGGAGAUCCAGAAGUCCCUAGAAGGAGAUCAAACGACGUUCCUAGAGAACAAUCUGAAGACUAAGCCAAAAGCAGGCAAUAUCCUGAGCAAUGGAGACUGAGCCUUUUAUUCCCCGUGCCUGAACGAUUCUGGAUCCGCUCUUCACUCCAGUCUUGCUUACGAUCUGAACACUACUGCUAGUACCACUACUGAACCACGAGAAAGCCUUGCCCUGGAGAGAGGAACCUCCCACUCAAGAGCUUCCACACCCAGGGAGACGACAGAGAGAAGAGAGCGAGGGACCACCACCUGUGCCUGCUAAGACCAAUCACUGUAUCUCCACUGAAUCCAUUACAUGCUGACUGACCACCUUCACACCACCAGCGUCUACCUGUGCAGCAACCUGAGUAAAUGCAGUGGCAUUUGAAAGACUGACAAUUUUGUUUUUUAACUUAAUUUUAAAUGCAUGACUUUUCUUUUAUACCAAAUUAAGGACCUCAGAAUUUGCGUAGAUGGUGUAUAAUACCUGGGUGAAGAUGCCAUUUGCUGUUGCUGACGAAUUAGGGUAGGACGACAAGGCAAUGUUAGCACUAGAUGCUAUAACACCGUUGCAUUUAAACCCCAUACACAUUUAAAACCCUACUGUAUUCCAAAAGUAGUGUUGCCUUUCCCCCGUCCACACCAAUGAGAACAGUGGGUAGAUAAAAGUUCUUAUAGGUACUUGUACACUACUGUGUAGUACAUAUGCUGUAGUUUCUAGGGUGUACAGCUUUCUGAGGGGCUAGGUUUUUAAUUUCUUUUUUUUAAUGUAAAACUUUUUUGUUAUGCCAAUAAUGAAUGAUGUAAUUUAGGAAUGUAAUUUUAAAAUAUUGUAGUCAAAUGUUUUAAUAUAUGUGUAUAUGAAAAUCCGUACCUGUUUUGACGGUGGGUUCCUUUUAUGGAGGGCUGUAUUUUCUGAUCUGAGGAAAUAUUUUGGUACUGUCUCCUGAAAUGCGAUUUAGCGUUUUCUUUGGGGGGGGUCUAGAAUAUAUUUUUGUAGAAACAUGAUUAUGUAUGAGAACACUAAUUAUUAUUCUUUGUAACUUCACACUACAGUCUUCUCAGUAAAGAUUUUUCACACAAA